UUUUCUUCCGUUCUUCAUAUUUCUCCGUCUCUCUCUGUGUUUGGUUCUUGGAGCAUAUUUGGCUUAACAGUUUCACGAAUUAGGGCUUGUUUAUAGUAAAUUUGGGCUCUACUCGACAUAUUUUUUUUGUUAUUGGUAACCUAUUUUCUUUGUUAUCUGGGCAUUAGUUCUUCACUUUGUUCCUACUUCCAGCAGUUAUCCAACUUGGUAGUUUUUAUCUUUCGUUCAGGGUUGAGUUCAGUUUUUCCAAAUCAAUUAAUGGACAAAUACAAGCAAUAUGAACGAGUAUUCAACCACUUAGAUGAAAAUGGAGACAUGAAAAUAUCGCCCUGUGAACUUCAAAAGUGCGUUGGCUCAUUAGGUUGGGAGAUGUCCAUAGAAGAGGCAGAGGUGGCCGUCACAUUGAUGGACUCAGACGGAGAUGGAUUGUUGUGUUUCGAGGAUUUUGUGAAGCUAGUUGAAGGAGCAGGAGAAGAAGAAAAGGCAAAUGAUUUGAAGCAGGCCUUUGCAAUGUAUGAAAUGGAGGGGAGUGGUUGUAUAACACCAAAGAGUUUGAAGAGAAUGCUUAGUAGAUUAGGAGAAUCUAAAACCCUUGAGGAAUGCGAAUUGAUGAUAGCUCAUUAUGAUAUCAAUGGGGAUGGACAACUCAAUUUUGAUGAGUUUAAGGUUAUGAUGUCUAGUUAGACUUAAUUGGUUUCUUGUCCUUCGUAAUUGUCAUUCAGUCAUCGAUUGUUGAGGUUACUAAACACAUUCUCUCCGCAGGCUACUUCCUGCACAAUAGGUUAUUCAUUUGAUUAUUCUUUUUCAAUAAAACCAUUCUAGGUGGCAUUAUUUAUUAGUAACAAAAUUUAAAAUAAUUAGAAGUAAAUAUA